AUGCCUAGAUUUUUAGUUAGUGGUCCUUCACGUUCAAAUCAAGUUCGUAAGUUCAACAAACAAUAUAUUCCAGAUGAUAAAAUUGUUAUACCAAAUUCUCAUAUUCCUGUUCCAAAAGGAGAGUUAAAAUCAUUUCCAAUGUCACUUACAGCGUUCAAAGAUUUAAUUAAAGGCUUGUACAAUACAACAUUAUUCGAUCCUAAUGCUGGAUCAAUCGAAGAUAUCGCACUAGUUAGACUACUUGACAAUCCGGCCCAUAAUAACGUUUAUUUCCAUAAAUAUGUAAGAUUAGAGAGUGGUUUUUGUUAUGCCAUGAUGAUAGAAACAACGCAAAUAGGUAUUCAGUCUGUCGCAAUAAUAUAUUUUGAUGAACAAUGCAGUUUAAAGACAUUCCGUCCAAUUAUGGGUAAUGCCAUUAAUAGAAUUACCGGAACAUUAAUUACAGGAAGUCAGGAUGAUGUAUAUUGGUUCUGGGAAGAAACAAAUUGGGGAUUACCAAGACCUCAUGGACCUAUCAAAUUAGAUCCAUCAGAAUUUGAACGAAUUGUCAUUUCAUUCGAUUUAAUAGAAAAAGAAAUACAGUCUCGAGCUAAAAUUUACCCUAAACCACCAGAAGAUUUGAUCAAACCUAAUCCAGAUGAUGCAGCAUCUACAAUGCAUAGAAAUGGAUUUUGGGUUUGA